AUGUUUAAGAUGAGUAAAUUAGAUCAUCGUUCAUCAUCUUCGAAUGGGAUAAGAAAAUUAUUUGUUGGUGAUAUUGGAGAUAAUCGUAAACCAGAUUUAACUAAAGUAUUUGAUCGUUAUGGCGAAAUAAUUACGAUGUACGUUGAUGAAAAUAAAAAAUUUGGUUUUGUUGAAUUCAAGACGCCAAUGGAUGCAGAAAGAGCCUUAAAUCAUACAAAUAAUAAAAUGGUUAACGGUUCAAAAUUGCGCGUUGAAUUUGCUAAAGUCGAUAAACCAAGAGAAAAACGUGAUCAUUCACAGUUACAGCCACCGUUGCGUCCAUUGAUUCCAUCGAUGUAUGGUCAUCAUCCACAACAUUUAGGAUUUCCUCCUCAACGUUUACAACGUCGUCCAUUGACUACACGAGGAAGAUCUUUAACACCACCAAGUUUAAAAAAUCGUCUUGGUUUACGUCAAAGACUAACGCACGAUAUGUUAGCAGCUCAAGAUUUACUCGGCUAUCCUCCAUUUCCCUAUUUUGAUUAUUCUGCCGCUGCAGAUUUUUAUCAUCAAGCAGCUGAACAAUUUUAUAACAAUCCAUAUCUAAUGACAGAUCCACGACGACCACCGACCCCGAGAUCUUAUCGUAAUUCAGAUAAUGGACCAAUGGAUGGACGUCGCGGAAAUAUGGGACCCAUGCAUCAGCAACAUUUAUCGCAAGAUAACCGACGAAACUUUCAAUUAUCACCGGUACAUGGUCCUCAACGAAGUCGUGGUGAUUUAUCAACAUCUUCGAGAUAUAAUAACCCACAAAUAAAUAAUAACAACUAUUCAGCAAGGGGAGAUAGAGAAAGAAAACAACAGAAAAGAAGUCGAAGUCGUUCACCACGCCAUCGUUCUCGAAGUCCAUCGAAUGCAUCAUCCAGUGACUCGUCAUCGUCAAGUUCUUCAAAUGAUAGACGACGAGAUAGACGAACAUCCGACAGAACACGUGAUACUUCAAAAACAACAAAACGUUCAAAAGACGAUUCUCGUAAGGAUGGAAAAAAGAAAUCGAAAAAGUAA